CAAUUGUUCCGCAUGCAUUUUUCUAUUGAAUUGUUUUCUGUUUUAUUCUCUCUUGUCUCUCUCUUUUUUCUAACCAAUUGAUAUUAUUAUUAUUCUGUCUUUUUUCUUCUUUACUAUUGUUCUUUGGUAUUUCCAUUCUUUAUUUCCUUCCACUGUCUUUUCAAAACAAUUACAAUCAAUACGAAUCGAGAAUCAACGAAAGGAAUACUCACACUCUCUUUCUUCUCAAUAUCAACAACCGAAUUCCUUCCUUACUCUCACUCAAAUUAUUCUAUACCAGUUUCUUAAUGCUUGGAAACUUUAUCGGGGUCAGGGGCCAGGAUUCCUAUUCGAACUCGACAUUUCUAUCUCCCACGUCUGCGACGGGUUACAGCAGCUGCUCUACUACCACCAACAACAAUCAAUAUCAACAAGAAAACGACGACAACAUGCGCAAAGGAACUCGCCCUCCUCCGCUGAACCUCAGCAUCGUCCCGAGGCCGCGGUCCCUCCCGCGACUCUCGACGACCCCUCAGCCCAUCGCCAGGGAGGUCACUCCUUUACUGACGCCCCUCCCGGAAGAGGCUGAUGAACCGUCCGGACCUGUCCUUCGGGCUGUCAGGAUCGCGGUGGAUUUCAUGCAGAUUGUUUCAUGUCUGCUCGUCAUUCUGAUGCUGGCCGUCUUUCUUGUUUCAUAUACCGGAGCUGUCAACUCCUGCCAUGGUCUCAAAGCAUCCGUUCUUAUCGCUGCUCUCGCUUGCGACGUUGGUCUUGGCAUGUGGUCCAUCGUCAACCACGACAAGACAUGGUGCGGCCCCGCCGUCCUGCUAAGGGCGUUCACAGUGACAGUGCUCGUCGGUAGUUUAGUCUCCUUCCUUGCAGUGGACGGGGUCUUCCCAGAAGACUACACAUACUGGGGUCUACCUCUAUCACAAUCGGGUGCGCCGGUGUUGAGUCUCAUCUCUGCCAUUCUAGGAUGGGAUGUUGUUCAUAUUGUGUUGUCUCAGCAAUCAACAGAAUGCUGGGCUCGACUAGGCUCUUGGUGGCAACGACAAAAGAUCCGAAGAAGAUUCAUGUCCGGCAGGGGACACAGACGGGGACGAAGCGGACCCUGGUGGUUCAACUCUCGACAGUCAGCCUUGGAGAAGCGAGGCUGGAGCUGUGUCUCAUCAUGAGUAAUGACUUUUCUUAUUGUUGAUCAGAAGGAGGAGAACAAAGAAGUUGAGUUGAAAAUAUAAUAUGGAGCAUGAUGAACGGGAUAAUUGUACCCGGUCUCACUCAUCCAUGUAUGCAGAUCCCAUGAUUGUUGGGAUGGGAGCAUAUAGCAGGGUACAGGGACGAAGUGGGUAUAAUAACUACAUGGUGCAUGUCCUUAUCAUUGGUAUGAUAUAGACUGGAAGAAGAACACCAAUUGAGCGGCACAGACCACAGCUUAUGAAUACAUUCUCUUGUUCAAUCUGGUUU